AUGAACAUGAAUGUUGGUUCCCCUAAUUCUGUAUCCUCCUAUCAUCGGAUGACUUUGGAAGAGUACCAAAAGUUGAGCUAUGUACCAACCAGAGCAAAUCUGGAAAAGAGGCAGCUGGAGCAAGAUCAGGCUGCAUUGCAGGACCAGCAGCAGGACCAGCGCAAGUCCAGGGGUCACAUUUCAGAAAACCCACUCUCCACAACGUUGGCUUCCCCACAGGCAAACUCGCAUUCAAGUUCUCGGCCAGAGGUCAGACGCCUCAGUGGAAACUUCAACGCCCCCACAUACGUAGAACUCGAACGACACAACAAUACGAGGCGUCGGCGGAGCAGCUUUAGAGAGAUCGUCAAGGGAUGGGCAAAGAAGUCGCCUCCUCCCACCGUCGUCUGA